UCCAGGGCCCAAGAAGAAUAAAAGCAGGUGACCUAGGAACUCAGAACAUUCACUAGACCCAUUCUUACAUUCUCAACUGCUACUGAAGGAACAGACUCUAGAAGAUGAAGUUUCUGUUGCUGAGUAUGGGUGUGGCCCUAGUCUGUGGCUUCCAACCUGAGUAUAGCAGAUCACAGGAAGACCUAUCAGAUGAAAAGGAACAAAAAUGGCUUUCUGGUCACUGGCACCUUGUUGAAUUGGCUUCAAGUGACACAUCUCUGAUUGGGGUGGAAGGUCCUUUUAGGAAUUUUAUCCAAAAUAUCACUGUAGAGAAUGGCAACCUGAAUGGACUCUUUUUGACUAGGAAAAAUGGCCGAUGCAUUCAAUUAUCUCUUAUUGCUCUCAAGACUAAAGAAGCAUGUCAUUUUAAGUUGAACUAUCACGGAAUUAAUGAUAUCUAUUAUGAAAGCUCUAAGACAAAUGAAUAUGCUAGAUUCAUCUUGUAUAACCAUCACAAUGGGAAAGUGAAUGUUGUAGCAAAUCUCUUUGGCCGAACUCCAAAUCUGAGCGAUGAAAUCAAGAAGAAAUUUGAGGAAGAUUUUUUAAGCAGAGGAUAUAGGAAGGAAAACAUUUUAGAUGUUUCUGAACUUGAUCAUUGCUAGGAGCUUGAUGAAUAAGGAAGCUGACUCAGUCCUUCAGGGAUUUCCAAGAGACUGCUUCCUGUUCUUGCUGGCUCCCAAUCUGCUUUCUCCAAAUUAUUAGCAUGGUUACCACAAGUUCUGGAGGUCUCUUUGCCUCUUUUCUCAAGGGGAUUUUCCUCUCCUUUAAAGGGAUUCCAUCUUUCUUAAUGUUCUGCCUCUAUACAGGCAGGACUCUUGGGUGAGAUCAUUCCUUCAAAGUCCAAUAAAUGAUUUAUCCUGUCCA